AUGGCCCUGCGCCAGGCCGUCGGACGGCCAUUGGGCCAAGCUGUGCGCUCUGCGAGCUGCUCGCGACCCGCUGUGCGCACCUUUGCAGUCACCGCGCUGCGCGCGAAGGAGGUUGCCGGCGACAGCUCGGACGCGGCGAACCUGCGUCACGCCCCCCGCGAGCCUGCGCCUUCCAAGCUCAAAGCCGCCAUCGUGAACCCGACCGACAGAUAUAAAGAGAAGGGCGAGGCGCUCCACAAAUAUGGCCAGUACCUCAUGUCGUGUCUGCCCAAAUACAUUCAGCAGUUCUCGGUCUGGAAGGAUGAAUUGACCAUCUACAUCCCGCCCGCCGGCGUCCUCCCUGUCUUCACUUUCCUCAAGCAUCACACUGCUGCCGAAUACACUCAGAUCUCAGAUAUUACCGCCGUCGAUUACCCCACCAAGGACCAGCGGUUUGAGGUGGUGUACAACAUGCUGAGCAUCCGGCACAACUCGCGCCUGCGAGUCAAGACCUAUGCGGACGAGGCUACGCCCGUGCCUAGUCUUUGCGAUCUCUACGAUGGAGCCAACUGGUACGAGCGAGAGGUUUACGAUCUGUUCGGUGUCUUCUUCGUAGGACACCCCGAUUUGAGACGUAUCAUGACCGACUAUGGUUUCGAUGGUCACCCAUUGCGCAAGGACUUCCCGAUGACGGGAUACACUGAAAUUCGCUACGAUGAGGAGAAGAAAAGAAUCGUGGUUGAGCCGCUCGAGAUGACUCAGGCAUUUAGGAACUUCCGCGGCGGGUCGACUGCUUGGGAGCCCGUUGGUCCUGGUGACAACAAGACCCCAGAAAACUUCAAGCUGCCGACACCGAAGCCAGAGCCCCCGAAAGAGGGAGAGCAAAAGAAAUAG